AUGAUGCCCGGCGGCAACUCUGGGCCCGAGAAAAGGAAUCCUUCGAACCAGUCCCCUGGCGCUUGUACGACCCCACAACAGGAAGCCACCACGCCGCCGGCUGACGCCAACAAGACCGCCUCGCCCACGGCCCUCAAUACCACCAUUGGCGCCUGUACGACCCCGCGACAGGAAGCCACCACGCCGACGGCUGACGCGAUGAUGACCACCACGCCGACGGUCCUCAACACCACCAUUGGCCCGUGCACCACUCCGCAACAAGAAGACACGGGGCCACCGGCUGACGCGAUGCAGACCACCUCGCCGACGGUCCUCAACUCCACCAUUGCUCAAGCCAAGAAGGCGCCGACUCCGUCGGCCAAGUCACCGGCUCGCCGCCGCAUUCGCCAGGUUCCUUUGACCGCGAAGGACGGCGCCGAGAAGCUGCGCUGGUUGGGCUACAGCUCGCAGGAGCUCGCCCUUAUGGAGCUGCUGCGGAGCGACGGCUACGGCAUCCUCUGGGCGUCGACGACCUGUCAGCAGCCCGGUCUAUCGCUCAACUCGCUGGGCAUCGUGCUCGAGGUGGAGACCGGCACCCAGUGGGCUCAGUUGCUGCGGGCCGGAGACAUCAUCCUGCACGUCUCUGGACUCACGGAUAUCACCACCGAAGCCAUGCAGACAGCCGGUCCGCGCCGGCUGACGUUCGCGAGGAAGGGCUCCUACAACCCGGAGCUGCUCGAGUGCUUGCGCCGCGAGACGCUGCUCGCGCUCCCCCCGGACGGAGCUGAUCUGUGGCGUGUGCAGCUUGGAGUUGACGAGGAAGCGACGCUACGGCCACCUUACGCUCUGCUCCACGCAUGCAAACCAAGACUUCUGCCCCGUGAAGACAUCGCCACCCUGCUCGUGAGAGACGGGCAAUUCCUGGUGCGAAUCUCAGAGCCCGAGGAGAAGCAAGAAAAGGAAAUCAUCAUCUCCUUCUACCAGAACGAUGGGGGCGGCCCGGUGGUGCGCCCAAGGCGGAACAGAAGUCAGCGGGACAGCGGACGAGGGACAACGGCUAAAUCGGUGAACAUGAGCGGCAAGCGCGGGCUGACCAAGGAGAAGGCCGACAAGCCGAAGGGACCCAUCAAGCACAUGAUCGUCCACCUGGUCGAAGAGCAAUAUUCCGUUGACCAGAAGAAGUGCUUUCGCAACCUCACCGACCUCAUCAACUACUACAGCACAAGUGAUCCGGCCGCCGGCGAGAGUCGCGCUGACGCCAAGCAAAAAUGCCGUCUCGAGGAGCCGAUCCCGCGUCAGAUCUGGGAGUACGAGCACAAGGACGUGAAACUGGAGAAAAAGCUGGGCAAUGGAGAAUUUGGCGAGGUUUGGAAAGGCCAACUGAACCGGAAAGGGCCUCAGCCGAAGCAGGUCGAUGUUGCAAUUAAACUGGCGAAAGGCGAGGUGGCGGCCGCCAAGAAGAAGCGCAAGGAGAUCAUGCAGGAAAGCCGUGUGAUGCGCGACCUUAUUCAUCCGAAUGUGGUUCGUGCCUAUGGCGUCGCUGUUUUGGAAAAUCCCAUGUACAUCCUGCUGGAGCUGAUCCAGGGCGGAGAUCUGCUCAAAUUCCUCAAGUCCGAGUCGAAGCCGACGCGCCGUGAGCUCAAACGCAUCAUGUUCCAGUGUGCGUGUGGUCUCGAGUUUAUCCACCAGAAGGAGGUCAUACACCGCGAUCUGGCGGCCCGGAAUUGCCUGUACGAUGGCGAGCGGCUUCGCAUCAGCGAUUUUGGGCUGUCGGUGCGUGGACCCGUGUUCUUGUUGCCGAAAAAUGCUAACCAGCGCCUGCCGAUUCGCUGGCUCGCUCCGGAGAUUUUGACGCUCGGCACGUUCACCUACAAGACGGACGUCUGGGCGUUUGGCUGUCUGGUGGUCGAGAUCUACUCGAACGGCGAGCUCCCGCACGCCGGAAAGACGAACGGUGAAGUGAAGGAGGGCUUGGUGCAACGCCAUACUGCGCCCAAGAUGCCGCCCGGGAUCCCGCAGGACAUGGUCAACUUUUGCAACGACUACAUCUGGGUUCGCGAGAAGCAGCGCACCGACAUGCUGAAAGUGGUCAACCUGCUCGGCGCCAUCGGCCACUUCCAGCGACCCGUCAUCGGCGGUGAUGAGGAGCCUGGAGCCGCCAACAUCCACGAUGGUCCAAGCGUGGCCGAGACGUCGGGCACCCAGGACGGAGGAGGAAAUGCGGCCGACGGCGAAGAGAAAAAGCCGCAACCUGCU